GUUGUUUGUAGCCCCAAUUUAUUCGAAGAGUUACUCCCCUUCGACUGAAAUUUGAAGAAGUGAUGAAAACACAAACCUGAUUUAUUUCACAACUUGCUGGUUAAUUCAAUUUAUUACUAUAAUCAGUUUCAGCUUAUACAUUCAGUGACAGUCACUAGUUAAUCCAUAAGUCACCAUCUAGUGCAACUUCUCGAAUGGAUAACCAAAUUGACUACAAACAAAAGUACAAAGUCCUCAAAAAGAAAUUGAAAUUUCUUGUCUAUGAGCAGGAAUGUUUUCUUGAAGAGCUGAGAAAGUCUCAACGCCGUUUGCUGAAGGUUUCCAGGGACAGAAGUUUUCUUCUUGACCGGCUUCUGCAGUAUGAAAAGGUUGACGAAUCGUCGGGAGACUCAGACAUGACAGCCUCCAGCGACAGUGAACCCGAAUCUCUCAGGCCGGAAGGCUCAUCUGCUAAAAGAAAGAGGAGCAGUCUACCAGCAGGUUUCGACCCCUCAGCAGUCCUGGGAGGUAUGGGGUUUACCACAAUCCCACAACAGGGAUCGUCUAAAAAGAAAGCAAAGACAAGUAUUAAAAAGAAACCCACCAAGAAGCAAGCCACUAGUUCAAAUCCAAUGUCAAGGGCAGAGUUAGAAAGACAUUUAGAGUCCAAACAAGAACUAUUCAGCAUAGAAAAGACGCCAUCAUUUCUGCCUUCAGAGAUCUUCAGCAAUGACAACUCUAACAUAGACAGUGAUGCGAUGUUAGAAAUCAAAGAUGAAGAUGACGAAGAUCUCAUAAUCGAUACUCCACAAUGAAACAAUCAACAUAAACAUUGAAUAAUACUUUCAAGAUGGAAACAUUUUGGACGGACAAAUGGCUUAAAAGAAGUUUCUUACAUUGGAUAUCUGAAUGUGAUUGUAGAGUUUUGUUGCUAGCCUCCCGGAGAGCCAGGCUUUUAUUGUCUGCCUUUUCAUUUGAAAAGUGCAGGAUGUAUUGAUAAUGGAUAAUUUACAAUGCAAAACAUUUGUUAUUUGAAAACAGCAUGACUUAUUGUUUGGUAUUAUUGCAUGUAUUGACACUUGGUACUUUGUUAUUUGAAAACAGCAUGAAUAUAUUAAUGUUAAGUACAUUUUAUUAAUUUUAUUUUCCUAUACUUUUUAAAUAUUUAACACUUUUCCAUGACUUUGCCAUCAUUCUUUUUUCAUGAUAAUGUAGGCUAACAUAUUGUGUACACGACAAAAUAAAACAGAACAUUAAGAUAGAACAAGAGGCUAGGAGCAUGCAAAAUGUUUUACAAGAAGUUGUAUGUUUACUUUAACCUCUGUGAGAGUUAAAAAGUCUGCAAAAUAAAUGAUUGAAAAUGAG